GCGCUGGCCGGGAGGUCCGGCGCCGCUGCCGGGCGCGCGUGCGCAUUGCGCUGCUGAGUUUGCAGCCGCGAUCCGGGGGUCCCUGCGGCGGAACCCCUCUUCUCCCUGUCUUCGAGGUCUGGCUGAGGCGGGCCGCACCCUCCGCUUGGACGGCGCGGCCCAGCGAGGAGCCUGGCAGCGACAGGCUGCGUACUCACGGAGCCCAGACACGGCGCAGCGGAGAGGGCCACUCGGCAUGGCGGAGAACCGAGAGCCCCGCGGGCCCGCGGAGGCCGAGCUGGACCCGGUGGAAUACACCCUCAGGAAACGCCUUCCCCACCGCCUGCCCCGCAGGCCCAACGACAUCUACGUCAAUAUGAAGACUGACUUUAAGGCCCAGCUGGCCCGCUGUCAGAAACUGCUGGACGGAGGGGCGCGGGGCCCGAACGCGUGCUCGGAAAUCUACAUCCACGGGCUGGGCCUGGCCAUCAACCGUGCCAUCAACAUCGCCCUACAGCUGCAGGCCGGCAGCUUCGGGUCUUUGCAGGUGGCCGCCAAUACCUCCACCGUGGAACUCGUGGAUGAGCUGGAACCGGAGUCCGAUGCGCGGGAGCCGCUGACCCGGAUCCGCAACAACUCAGCCAUCCACAUCCGGGUCUUCAGGGUCACACCCAAGUGAUGGAGGCCAAGCUGGGUCCCCUACUCCACCGACUCCCCUGGUGACAAAGCUAGGUCCUGCUUGACGGCAGGUCGUGUUCUGGGUUCUGUCAUGGAGUGGCCCCCUCAGAUCCAUGUAAGAAAAGCCCAUAAGGACUCUGGGUUGAGGACAGAGAGGAACUGCCUCUUCAUGGGCCCCGGCAGAGGAUCGUCCUCUGUUCUGUACAAUAAAAAGUACCAC